GCUCCCCCCCCUUCUUCGCAGCGGGCUUCGCGCCCCGCGCCCGCUUUCCGCCCGGAGGCCGGGGCGGUCCCGGCGGCGCUGACGGGAUCGCGGCGCGACGGCGGCGGCGCCAUUUCCUGCCGGCGGGGCAGGGCGGGGAGCGGAUGGCCUCGCGGGACGUGCUCAGCCAGACCACCCGGCUGGCCUCCUCCAGCGCUUUGCUGCAGGUGCUGUUCCGGGUGGUCACCUUCGGGCUGAACGCGUUCACUCUGCGCUACCUCUCCAGAGAGCUGAUCGGCGUGGUCAACGUGAGGCUAACUCUACUAUAUUCAACAGUUGUCUUCCUAGCCAGGGAGGCAUUUCGCAGAGCUUGUUUGAGUGGAAGUACAAAACGAAACUGGACCAAAACAAUUAAUCUGUUGUGGCUGACAGUCCCUCUUGGUGUUUUUUGGUCUAUUUUCUUGGGCUUCGUCUGGCUACACUUGCUUGAAGUACCUGAUCCUUCUGUGGUUCCUCAUUAUCAGGCUGGUGUAGUGGCAUUUGGUCUUUCUGCAAUUAUUGAGCUUCUGGGAGAACCGUUCUGGGUUUUAGCACAAGCUCAUUUGUUUGUGAGACUUAAGGUUAUUGCUGAAAGCCUUUCAGUAGUGUCAAAAUGCAUUUUGACGGUUAUUUUAGUAGUCCUUUAUCCUCAGUGGGGCCUCUAUGUUUUUUCCCUGGCUCAGCUUUUAUAUGUCAGUGUUCUGGUAACGUGCUAUGUAACUUAUUUUGUGAUGUUUUUGGGGUCUCCUGAAGCAACAAAGAAGUCAUUUCCAGUUGCUAGAAUGAAAGCUUUAUUACCUAACUUGGUGGAAGAUGAGACCUUUGUUAACUGGAAGGAAGCACGGUUGACUUGGAGUUUCUUCAAACAAUCCUUCUUGAAACAGAUUUUGACAGAAGGUGAACGAUAUGUGAUGACUUUUUUGAACGUGUUAAAUUUUGGAGAUCAGGGUGUAUAUGAUAUCGUGAAUAAUCUUGGUUCACUGGUGGCCAGGUUUAUCUUUUUGCCUAUUGAGGAGAGUUUUUAUGUCUUUUUUGCUAAAGUGUUGGAAAGAGGGAAGAAUGUAAAGGAUCAGAAGCAGGAUGAUGUCGCUAUGGCUGCAGAUGUGUUAGAAUUGCUGUUGAAACUUGUGCUUCUCAUUGGCCUUACCAUCACGGUUUUUGGCUAUGCCUAUUCUCAGCUGGCUCUGGAUAUUUAUGGAGGCUCAAUGCUCAGUUCUGGAACAGGUCCAGAUCUCCUCCGAUGUUACUCAUUAUAUGUCCUAUUUCUUGCUAUCAAUGGAGUAACGGAAUGUUUUACGUUUGCUUUGAUGUGCAAAGAGGAGGUAGACAGGUACAAUUUUGUUAUGCUGGCCUUGUCCUUCACAUUUCUGUGCAUCUCUCAUUUCUUGACCCAGUGGCAUGGCAGUAUAGGCUUUAUCCUUGCGAACUGCUUUAACAUGGGUAUUCGAAUAGCUCACAGCAUCCACUAUAUCUAUGAUUACUUCAAAGAAAGCACUUACAGACCUUUGACAGGCUUGCUCCCCUCACCGUUUUUGGUACUUGUGUAUAUCAUAAGUGGAGUAAUCACUGGUUUCUCAGAGGUAUUCUUCUGCUGCGAUAAGGGUUGGAUGGCAAGGCUGAUUCACAUCAGCAUGGGGGCUCUGUGCUUUGCAGCAACCAUCGUUACUAUGUUCUGCACAGAGACCAAGCUGAUCCACUUUGUCAGAAGCCAGUUCGUCUCCCGGUAUAUGAAGAAAGGAACAUGAAAUGCUCAUGUGCAGAACAGUUCUUGUACAUGCUUGCAGUAAAGGGCUGUAUUUUUUGCAUACGAUCUGUACGGAAAAAGGUUUCCACAUUUGUUUAUUGGAAGCAUUGAUAUUGGAGUGGCACUGUAAAAGAUUGCCAACUGAAUAUUAUUUUGUCUUCUAAACUGGUCAGUAUAGUGAAAGAGGGCCGAGUAAUUUUCUCUUUAUGCAUCAUUCUUUUCUAAGCUUUUCUUCAAACAGCCUCUUUGGUAAUGAAUGAAGAUCUAAGAAACACCCUUCUGACAACCUAGUUGACGGACUUCAUGGAGAGAGCUCCCCAUUCUUACCGAUGGGGAAUACAUGUGUGAAGGCGUCAUGGCUUUCAUCUUAAGGUGUAAUUAAGAAUGCCCUUAUUUGGCAUGGCAGGCUGCUUAACUGGUUAGAAAAUAAAUGAUUUGACCAAAAAACCAGAAUAAAAGCUGAAGAAAACACUAGAGCAAGGACCAAUAGCAGUAUUACUGUUACUGAAAUAUAACGUAAUGUGGUGCAGGGAGAUUGGGUUGUCAGUGUUUUGAAGUGUAGAGCAGUGAACAGAAAGUUCUGUGUUUACAAGUAAAUUAAUGGCAUACACAGCAUGUGUCCAUGCUAGCUAUGUAAGUUUAUUUCAUUCAGCAUAUCAUUCAUUUAUGAGGGUUUGAUUUACUUGUCAAAAAUACUCUGAAGCCUUACCUAAAAGAAAAAAGGGGUUUUGAACAGUGUUCUACAGAAGGUAUUAAGUACAGUCACACUGACACUGAAGUUCCAGAACGUUAAUCAUAAAACUUCUUACAUGCACUCCAUUGUUUUUUGUUUUUAUCUGGGAUUUUAAAUGCCAGCAUGAACAAAUUUGUCUCAAUAAAAACGAUUUUGUUUUGUCUGUGAAAUCAAAUGUUAAAUAUAUUUAAUAAGGUUUCUUUCAAGGAUUUAUGCAUAUUGAAACUUUUGUUAUUGGAUAGAAAAUGCUUCUUUCUGUUGCAACUGGUUUCCCAAUGUCUUGUUCCUUUACGUGUUCAAUCUUAACCUUUAUAUUGAUUUCUUUUUUUAAUUGUUGAAAAUUUGGACAUUCAGAAGUUGAAAAUUAGAUGUUAGGCUGAUGGUUUAGGUUUACCAAUGGUGUAUUUUGUUGCUGGUCUAAGAUCUGAAUUUGGCAGUUCCAGAAUGUACAAGUGGCAAGUUUAUAAUGAUCAGUGUUCCCUUUGCAGUGUUUGGAUGGACCAAAAAAUGUCAAGUGAUGAAAAAUGUGUGCUCAGACAUAUACAGUCAAAAGCUUUUAGUUUAAUUAUAUAGCAAUUCCUCAGAUCCUCAGACUGCUUAAGAAAUUAUUUCACUGUAAUGGCAUUGCAGAGUUCGUCCUGGUAACCAUAGCUCACAGAGUGAAAUGCUUUCCAGUAUCAGUGUCUUCAGUUUGGUACUGUUAGAAACAUUUUCUAAACUCUGGUAACUUUCACUUGGAGAAUAUCACUAGAGAUACUUUAUAUGAGAAUUUGGUGAUUGAAAAAUUAUCACAGAGAGAAGCCAAAAUCUAACAGUGGGAGGAAGAGAAAGGUGCACUUCCUCAGCUAAUGGUGGUGUCUCCAUUGCCUGACUGGAAGGUAGUAGAGAAAUACUUGCUGAUUCUUCUGAAGCUGUUAUGAGAUCUAUCUAAAUAAAACAAACUCUAUGUUAUUCUGUCCUGCUAAGUGAAUUUGGUAGUUCUUUGCCUUUUAAAUUUUUCUCUUCUGGGUUGUCUUGCAGUUUUUUUUCUCGUUUCUGUCAAGUAUGGAGUUUAUUAUGAAGUACAGCUCCAUACAUUGCAGAGGAUUGAAACUUCUUUAUUAUAAAUUGUCAAUGCAUUUCCUUUACCUACUUGUUCUUAAUUUAGGAAAAAAACCCAAGACAGUUGGACUUACAGACUUUAUAGGGUCUGUCUUUUUCUACAUGACUUUGAGACCUUACCGUGGGAAUAUCUCAAUCUGUACAGUGAAUUUUAACUAAUUCUUGGAAUGAGGAAUUUUGUAUAGCCUUGCACUUAAAGUGAUUUGGAGAUUGAAGAACAUUUCAUACAAAAUGAGCUUGAAGUCAUGCUGUCUUGUCUAGUCUUAUGAUCCCAGCUGUACAGCAAUAUUACUUCUGCUGCUAGUAUAGUCAUAAAUAGGGUGAUAUGAGAUCUCGCUGUUCAAAUAGUGGGCUGUCUAGUCUCCUAAAUCUUUUUUAACAUAAAUGCUGUGUAUAUGUUUAAAAAGAAGUUACAUUUUUAAACUAAUUAGUUUGAUUUCAUAUUGCAGAGGCUUAUAAAUAACUCUUGCAUCUCAACAAGAGAAAAUACAAUUUCGUAUGAAUCAGGAAGACAUUUAAGGUGCCUUAUUGUUCAUUUGCAAAUUUAGAAUACAUUCGUCUUUUAAACUUGAUCUGUACGCAGUUCAAUGAUAGUUGACUGGGUUUUGUGUUUUUGGGUUGUUUUUUUUUUUAAUGUAUUUUAUGUGGCAGGAAACGGCAAGGAGGGACAGGAAGUAUAGACCUAUGAAGCUGUCUUCUGGUUUCUUAGUUAUCAGUGUGAUCCUUAAUGUGAAAGCUGUUAAUUGCUUUAUUUAUAAAGAAGCAAGCUGUCAAACUUGGGGACAAAGUUGGGAUUGAACUCGACCAAAUUUCCCUUUUGUUUGCAGUUCUGUCAGUCUGUCAAAGGUAUGAUGGGAUGCUUGUCUGUAAAUUUGAUGAAGCUGUUUUGCAGUAUUUUUCUGAAAUCCUUCACUGUAAGCCAAAGGAGAAUUAAACUGGUUUUCUUUGGAGAAAAAGUUACCAUUUCAUACAUCAUGUGAUGUGGUGGUGGUUUUUUUUAAUAGUGGGAUGAAUGACAUUCAAACAACUGUAAGAUACAAUGGUUAUAUCAUAGGAUAUUAGCAAAUAAAAUUUCUUUCCCUUACAUUUUUAUGUUGUCUUCCAGUUGAGGCUUAUUGGAUUGUUAUUUGUAUCUUUGGUACAAUUGAUACUUAAAUUUGGUUGGAUUUUAUGGGAUCUUUUAUGUAUAAAUUAAUUUAUCAACCUAGUAACUUAUACACCAUUUCCGAACAAACAGGUUGAAAAAAUUUACUGUAGUAUUUUUGUAAGAAGUGGCAUCAUUAUAGUCAUCUUUUUUCCUCUGGUUUUGUCAAAAUGUAUGUUUGUAUGGAUUGGAAUGACCAGGUUUCUUUGCUUUUGAACAAUGCUUUGUUGUGAUAAAAACUGUUUAAGUGGCUAGGAGAAAACUUCAUAUUUAAUGAAGUUUGUUAGCUGAAUUAUGCUGCAACUGGCAAGUGUUAGGUACUAACCAAUUGUUGAACUGUUUGUUCUUUUCUAUUAUUAUAAAUAUUGUAUGUAAAGAAAUAGGGGGAGGGGUGCAUGUACCAAUUUUUUU